AUGCUGAAGCCGGGUGGUGCGGAGGAAGCCGCACAGCUCCCCCCUCGGCGCGCCCGCGCCCCUGUCCCCGCGCUCCCGCCAGGACCCGCGGCCCCCGACGGCUCUCGGGCUUCGGCCCGCCUCGGUCUUGCCUGCCUGCUGUUGCUGCUGCUGCUGACGCUGCCGGCCCGCGUAGACACGUCCUGGUGGUACAUCGGGGCACUGGGGGCCCGAGUGAUCUGUGACAAUAUCCCUGGUCUGGUGAGCCGGCAGCGGCAGCUGUGCCAGCGUUACCCAGACAUCAUGCGCUCGGUGGGCGAGGGUGCCCGAGAAUGGAUCCGAGAGUGUCAGCACCAGUUCCGCCACCACCGCUGGAACUGCACCACGCUGGACCGGGACCACACUGUCUUUGGCCGUGUCAUGCUCAGAAGUAGCCGGGAGGCAGCAUUUGUAUAUGCCAUCUCGUCUGCAGGGGUGGUCCAUGCUAUCACUCGUGCCUGCAGCCAGGGAGAACUGAGUGUGUGCAGCUGUGACCCCUACACCCGUGGCCGACACCAUGACCAACGUGGGGAUUUUGACUGGGGUGGCUGCAGUGACAACAUCCAUUAUGGUGUUCGCUUUGCCAAGGCCUUUGUGGAUGCCAAGGAAAAGAGGCUUAAGGAUGCCCGGGCCCUCAUGAACUUACAUAACAACCGCUGUGGUCGCACGGCUGUGCGGCGGUUUCUGAAGCUCGAGUGUAAGUGCCAUGGCGUUAGUGGCUCCUGUACUCUGCGCACCUGCUGGCGUGCACUCUCAGACUUCCGCCGCACAGGUGAUUACCUGCGGCGGCGCUACGAUGGGGCUGUGCAGGUGACAGCAACCCAGGAUGGCGCCAACUUCACAGCAGCCCGCCAAGGUUAUCGCCGUGCCACCCGGACUGACCUUGUCUACUUUGACAACUCCCCAGACUACUGUGUCUUAGACAAGGCUGCAGGUUCCCUAGGCACUGCGGGCCGUGUCUGUAGCAAGACAUCCAAAGGGACGGAUGGUUGCGAAAUCAUGUGCUGUGGCCGAGGGUACGACACAACUCGAGUCACCCGUGUCACCCAGUGUGAGUGCAAAUUCCACUGGUGCUGUGCAGUGCGGUGCAAGGAGUGCAGAAACACUGUGGACGUCCACACUUGCAAGGCCCCCAAGAAGGCAGAGUGGCUGGACCAGACCUGAAUGUAGAAAUACCUCACUCAUCCCUCUACUUCAAAACUCCUGGCUCAAAAGCACAAGAUCUUUGCAUGCACGCCUUCCUCUACCCUCAGCUCUGGGCUGCUACAGUUUCUAUUUAAGGACUUGGAAAGCAAUCCAGAAGGACUCUGGUGUCCUGACUGGUUCCUUAGCCCUGGGAAGGAGUUGACAGGGGAUGUAAGAAACUGAACAGCUCCCUGACUGCCCCCUCUGGAGGUUAGAAGGGAGAGGGGAAGAGGCAGGGGUCUUCAGAGUGAUAUAAGUUGCACUAAAGCACAUGGUCAAGGCUCAUUUUUCCUUUCCUUUGCACUGGCUUCCUGACAUUUCUUGUGUGUGCAAGAGGAAGGGUACCUGGAGAGAGCUUCUUUGUGUUCCUACCUGACUAAGGGUAGAUGGGACAGAGAUGGAACCACAUCUCUUCCCUGGGUCAGUUUGAGCAGACUGCCUGGUACCCCAAAAGAAACUCUCAGGCUACAUACAACCUUCUUCCAUUAUCCCAGAACCUGGGAUUCCUAGGUAAGAGUUAGCCGUAGUGGACAAGGUUCCAUUCACAUGCUCAUAGGUUUAUAAACUGCUGUAUUUUGUAGGGGAAAAAUUAUAUAACUAUACAAACAUACAUUCUCUUCCAACCUCCCUCUUCUUUUCAGCCUAUAUCAGAUAGCACUGCCCCUUGCUCACUUGCUGCCUGUUCAAACCAAGUGGCAUGUAGUGGUUCUUAUGCCUAAUAGAUCACUAGAAUACCCUGGAACACUCCUGAGAAAGAAUAAUUUAGUAAGCCUGCCUAGGCCUUUGGGGUUUUAUUUUAUUUUUUAAAAGUUUCUAUGCAUUCUUCUGGAGGUCAACUAGGUUUGGGAAACACUUAGUAAAAGAUAUGUGACUCAUGGAGGGUAGGAAAGGGUAGCAGGCCUGAUCUCAAGGGCCCCAUAUGAGGCAUCAGGGUAUACUAGUCAGGUAGGGAUCUCUGGCUUUGGCAAUUUUUAGGAGAGAAUCCUAGUCUUUGAAGUUGGGCAUGGAAGCCAGUGGCUACAGAGGAAAAGAGAGCUGGGGCUUUGGGGCCAAAGUGGUAAACAACUUAAAAAACAGCCUUUCCCCAUUUAUUGAACAAAUUUUUAUUUAGUGGCUCUCUAAGUUCUGGGGAUUAUUACUGUUCACUCCAUGUUUGGCUUAAACAGGGGAGUUCCUUCUAUGCUACUACCUGCUGCCUAACUAAGCUUGCAGUAGUGGAGUCUCCAGAGAUAGCAGGCUUUGUAAGCUACAAGCUAGGAUAUGGAGUCCCAAAAACUGUGAUGUCCUAUUUUUAUGUGACUUAGACAAUGGCUAUCUUUUGAUAAGAGAGCAGAGUGGUAUAGAAAUUUGCAGUUAUGACACACCUGGGUUGAAAUCACAGUUGUGCCAUUUACAGUUUUUGAUAUUUUGAGCAAGAUACCCAAAUUCUACAAGCCUCUAUCAUCUCGUCUGUAAAAUGAGGUUAUAAACCUAUCUCAGAUACUGAGUUUUAAUUGUGCCCCCCAAUUCCAGCCAACAGACACUCUUACCAAAGUUCCUAACUGGUCUAGCCCAUCAUGACUUCUCUUGAAACCUUCCGUUUACAAUUGCAAAGUAUUGACAGCAGGCUGUUGAUUAAAGGGCCUACACAAGGAAUUCUGAACAUAGGCGCCCACCCCCCCUCCAAGUUCCUCUCCAACAUCCCUUGGGGUCCUCACGUAUUUGUAGAACAGCUUCAAUCUGCACAGGCAGCAGAGGAUAGGGGAGCCAGAGCUCUGGGCCAUGGGGGCAGAUUUAUUUGGAUGAUAGGACUAAUAUUUGUGUAACCUGCUGAGACCUGUGUGGGAGAGUUUAGGGUGGUUUUUCUUUUGGUGAGGGGUUUGCUCCGGUUUCACAUCCAUUAACACAAAACAUGAGCUAGUCAGGGCCCUUGUGGUCUGCGGUGAGGGGAUUCCUGUGGAGAAAUGGGACUGAGUGAGUCAGGCCAGGGGAAUGUCUUCCUUGCAGAGUGGAGUCAACUGGAUAACUGAUGAGCCAAUGGUGGGAUUAGGGAGGGGGAAAUGGGAGGGAAAGAGAAGAGCUUCUGACAUCUUGAGCCGGGAUUAGGAGGAGGAAAGCCUUAGCAUAGUGGGAAGGUAAGGGGGUCAAAGUCAGUCUGAAUCAAGAAUACAGCUGAAGGAAUUUACAUCAGGGUGUCUGGGUAGAGCCUCAGGUCCCAGUCAGCCCCUGCUCUCACAAGAAUGCCCAGGUAACCACAUAAAUGACAGCUAGGCCUUCCUGGGACUUCAACCCCAGUUCAAUCUGCCUGUGCUGUCACCUAUUCCUUUUCAGUUCUUACCCUAUGAAGGAAGUUGAGCCUCUUCUGGCAUCUCGUACUGCUCUGGGCUUCCCCUGGGCUCCAAAUUCUAGUUCAUAAAGACCCAAGUUUUGUAAUUUACUAUAAAUGGUUAAGAGAAAAGCAAGCUGUCCAGAGAGUGAAAAGUUUGAAUAGUGGGGUGGAUAGCGAAAGAAAAGAGGUCCAUGUGAGCCCCACUACAGAGGCAAUGUGGUCCCAAGAAGGGAUGGAUGAUGGCCAAGCAAUUAAUUUUUCCUCGUAUUUCUUAGCUUGCCUCUGCAUUGUGACUGGCUUUGGACAACUGGCGUCUAUUCUGCAAUAAAACAAACAGAAACUAAUUUAUUUGGAACAAGCAGCAAAAGGAGAACUUUAUUUGGUGCAGUCAGGGCUCCAUUUAGUCCUGCUGCCACCCACUCACAGCGUCUAACCCCUCUCCAGACCCUCCUCUGGUCAGGAGAGUUCUGUGCCUCCAGCAGCGGUCUCUUAGCCCCUCUCUGACACUCCUUCCUGUCAGGCCUCAUUUCUUCUAACUUUUAACAUUUAGGUAGAAUGCGUUGCAGAAAGUGCUAUUUGGGUACAAAGUUAACUUCAAAGACACAAUCUCUAUCCUUUAAAGAUCUUAGACUGUUUUAGAGAAGGCAGGUGACUGAAGUACCUCAGCUGCACAGCCCGUGGCCAGUUUUUCUCAUGUAGAAGUAAGAAUGCCAGCCUUAAUCUAGUCCUGCAGAUAAGAGCCAACUGCUAUUAUUGCUAGCCUUGAAUAGUAGUGCUCGCCCUUAUGCUUUCUUAGAAUGAUGCUGGAAAAUGAAAUCAGGGACUUCAGAUUAUUUUUUAAAAAAUUAAACACUGCCUGGCCCUGAACGUCUGUUUGCAAAAAGUCUUGUAGGUCUGACUCAUGACCACUUACGGCCUCAUUUCUUUUCCUCCCUGUUGUAGAGGGUAAUCUCUUCUCCUUUUUCUCACCUCCCUUAGCAAGAACACCAACCACUAAGUCUUCUGCCAAAUUCUCAGACCCACUCAGGACACUGGUUUCUACACAGUUUAAUAUAUGAGAGUUAAUCAGGAUUAUUUUUCCCCCUCAGCCUGAGGUUUUUAAACACCCUCAGUGGUCACAGGGCAGAAACCCAAGGGAGGACGCCAGGGAGAGUAUGUUUCUCAUCCCUGGGAGGCCGUCAGCCUAGCUCCUGCAGCCAAAUUACAGCACCAGAGAAUAAUGUGAUGCAUUCCUGGGCAGGUCGGUGGGACCCUGGGCGCCUGGGCCUUGUGGAGAGAGGUGCCAGACACAGAGCUCUCCGUAAGCAAUCCUGCAGAGCCGCCCCCUGGGUGCAGAAAUGAAAUACGGGAGAGCUUCACAUUACACGGAGACCUGUAGCUCACACCUGGUUAUUGAUGGCCUUGGUGGAAGCCUCUGCCCCCUCCCUCCACUUGGGAACUGCCUGCUACUACGGGGGUUGGGCACCUUUGAAGCAAUGUUGGAAAACAAGAAAGAGAUGCUUCCUUUCCACUCCUUGCUUUCCCUGCGAGCCUGCGCACAGCCAUGAGGAUACGCGUGCGUGCACGCGUGAUAUGUGUUUGCGUGGACACGCACGCAAGCUUCUCUCAGGCUGCAGCAGAGUUCUAGUCGUCCCCGGUCCCUAACAAUAAAACAAACAACUGGAUUUCAAUCACAUCCUUCAAAAUUCCUGCCAUUAUCAGGGGUUCAGCCGUAACCAAGUAACAUUAAACAUGUCCAUUCUCAAUAUGCAAGCAGCUGUGUGGUUUGGUGACUGGUAUUCCCCCACGAGGUGGCAGGGAAAGGAUGCAGAGAGUGCAUGGAGAGGGGAGAUACUACCACCCAAGCCCAAUGGCUAAGACCAUGCUGGAGAUAGUGCAAUUUGUGCCCUGUGUGCUACGGAUAUGGCACACAGCCUCCAGGACUGCACCGGGUAUAAUCACCAAGCCUGCGGCCCACGACCUGUCGUUCUUAAUUUCUAUUAAGUUAGAAAACAGGAUAGCUUUGGGUUCCAGGGACAAUCUCCACAAGAGAGAGGCACUGGAGAGGAGCAAGCAGUGACUUUACUAAGGUAAAUAUGUCACAGUUGCUACAGUGAACUGAGCUUUCCCAGAAGCUGCUCUUCCCGUUGGGUGACUGGCAGGUUUCAGGUAAUAGUCAGUGGGGUAUCAGUAAAUGCCUUCCCCUGACCCCAAAGGUCAAAGGGAUUGAAGAGAGGGGGAGUUUACAAGUACAUUUUUCCACUUCCCAUUCAUGGUUUAAAUUAUCCCUGAGCAUCUUAGUGGCUCUUCCACUUACUUAAGACGUAUCAGUCAUCCUGGAGUAGAGACAGCAAGGAAAGCAUUCUCCCCUUGGCCCCUAACUCUGAACUACCCUUUGCUCACUUCCAUUCUGCCUAUGAGUCUAUGCAUGGAGCAGCUGGACGUGGAAGUUCUCUUUCUUUGACCAAAAGGAGCUGAAAUCUGGUGACUUUACUUCACUACUACCAGCCCCUCUAAGCAGGCCUGAGCAAACAGAAACGUUAAGCUGAGUGAAGAAAAUGGGAAGACCGUUUAAUCCACAGCUGUCCUUUUUGACAACUCAAGGUAGGGCUUCCCUGAGAAUAAUUAUGAUGUCAUAAGAAGCUUUUUCAGGUACAAAAUGCUUUAACGCAGACUAAUUUUCACACCAAUUUUCCCUGUGAGGCAGGAGACACUCUCACUGCACAGGUGCUAUUCAGAAAGGCUCAGUGAUUUGUCCCAGGUCAUGUGAUACUGAGUGGUUCAGACAGAACUCAAAUCCAGGGCUUCUCACUUCAAACCCUGUGUGCUCUCCUCAAAGACUGACAAUACACAAGGCUGCAGAGGCCAGAGUCCCAGCCCCUUUAGGACAGAAAUUGAUACAAAAUAUUCUAGGAGAGUAUAUCUGAGCAGAAUUUUCAAAAGGAAAAGCCUAGGCCUUCCCUAACUACAUCAGCACAUCCCCUUUUGGUCAUUUCUGCUGCUAUUUCCACCACCACAAAAUGAUCACUAUGCCAAGUAGUCCACCUUCAAUCAACUCUGCCUCCUAGAGCUUUCUAUGCCUUUUUUUCUUCAUCAGAUUAACACUUUUAACAUUUGCUUUAAUUUUAUCUAUUUCUUUUAAAGUGAUGCUAAGUGCACGGAAUACAAGUAAUCCUGAGAAUCCAUGAGAAGAAAUUAUUAAGGCUUUGGGCUUCUAAUGUAUGUAUUAGAAUUUCCUUUGAGAUUUCACUCUGUUUUUAAAUGGCUGUCAACCCCUGGGCUAGGAAAGUAAGAACAGGGAAUGAGAGUGCUAAAAAAAAAAUGUCUUACCCCAGGCCAGAUGCCUACUCAUGGCCUGGUAAAAGUCCUGGGACCUCUAGCUGAGACAGGUAAUUUAUCUACACCAAGGCAAGGAGAAUCCACCCUGCAGAGAAACCCCUACAAGAUGAGGCAGACAACAGAUUUUUACUUGAUCAAAAACUUUUGCUCCUUUCAACCCCUCCUCCCACCCUCAUUCAAAAUCUGGACUUCUGUGUGGGUCCAAGACAGUGAGACAAAGCAGCUCUAAGAGAGGAUGUGUGCAAGGGGAACCCUUCCCUGUUCAACCGUGGAAUGCAUUCCUUCAGAAACAGCAUAAGCCUGCACAUACCCUACCUAUCCCACUCCCGCACCCCAACUGUGAAGGCAGAAGGGAAAACUGCAGGAACACAGUGUUCAUCCAUCAUAGACCCGGGCCCCCACUUGAAUUAGGGGAAGGACACCUCAUGAAAAAGCCUACCUAUAGUCAGGAUCUGUCCCAGAGCAAACCUUACUUUUUGGUCCAUCGAUCUUGGCUCUCACUGCUCUCCCUGCUCCCCACCCCCACUGCCUCCGCAUGUGGGCUCAGAAGUCAUCAUCUAAAGAAUUCCACUGCUCACCUCCUGCAUAGCAGCACAGCCCCAUGAGGCCGCACACCAGAUGGAGGGGAUAAAAGUACGAGGUCAUGGCUUCUAGCAAGAGGCUUUUUCUUAAACUAACCCUGACUUCUGGAAAAGAGGCAGAGCAGGAGAGUGUCGGGUGAGCUGCUGACGACAGCAGCUUCAUGGGUCUUAUGUAAAAAGGAAGGAAAAAGCAUUCAUUAAAAAUUUCCCUACUCCCAUCCCCAGACCUAUUUCUGAUCCCACAUCUACUUCGUGAAGGCGUCUGAGUAGAAUGCAGAGACGUUGAAACCAAAGGGUUAGAUCCUUCCUAUUUGUAGGGACCUAUUCAGCAGGCUGCCACACACAUGCUGAGGUGGAGGCCAAGUCCUGAAUGUGUCCUGUUUCUCCAGGAAUUUAGCUCUGAUGUCAAGGGAAAAGGUAUGGAAGGUGGACUAGAACUCAGGGAAAACUGAGCAGGCUGUUAGCAGGCCUUCAAAAUGUUUAUGUGUAUUAAACACAAGACAAGAGGACAGAGGAAAAUCGUCAUUCCUAGUAUCAUCAUGCUCGUUGGGUGACAAUGUACACAAGCAACAAUCACAAAGGAAAACCAGUCUGAGGAAUGGGCCAAGAAACAGAAGUCUCCGAAUAAAGCAAUCAGGUGGAAGAGAUUAAUCAGACUUUCUCCAGGACUCACUUUUGAGUUGGAGUCUUAAAAGAUAAGGUAUGGACUGGUGGAGGGCAGUCAGAGAAUGCGUUCUAAAGCGAAGGCCCUGGUAUGUGCUGAAACUUAGAAGCAAGAAUGUGCAAGCAAUAUAUAAGGAAUUUCAAGCAAGUACAUAUUAUAUACACUGGGGACUACAGAGAAAUCAGAACGCUGAGAUAAGGGCUUAAAUAAUGUGAGCUAGCGGCAUAUGCCUAGACUGUCAGAUGGUGCAGAGCCCCUUAGGGCCACACAGCAUCUUGCUCUAGGUCAGUAAACACAGGGGUACCUAUGGGAAAGCACAAGGAUGAGGCCGUUUGUUACACAUACAGGGACGAAAAGAGAGCUCCACUGUAAAGCCUCACAAAUGCUAAGUGUUAACUACAACUCACUACCAUUUGAGAUUCUAGGCUAAAUAAGAGACAUGAAGUAUUCUCUCCAGAACUGUGAUGCAUUCAUGUAGGCUUCCAAGCCCAGAAUCUGACACAAAU